AUGUGCACUCGGCCGCUCUGCCCCGCUACCUGCGCCGCCCUCCUUCCUAGCCGACCGCCUGCUCGCCUUGGCCAUGGCGGCCGCCGUCGUGCCAAGGCCUCGCCACCCCCGCUCGGGCACUCUGGUGACACGGUGGCCAUCAAGAGGAUCUCAAGCAAUGGGUCGCAGGGGAUGCGCGAGUUCGUCGCCGAGGUGGCGAGCCUCGGGCGCAUGCGGCACCGAAACCUAGUCGAGCUGCGCGGGUGGUGCAAGCGCGGGCAAGACCUGCUUCUGGUCUACGACUUCAUGCCCAACGGCAACCUCGACGCGCACCUGUUCGGCAGUGCCCGUGCCGGUGCGGGCACUGGCGUCGGCGUGUCCCCGUCGCCGGCGUUGCUCACGUGGGAGCAGCGUGUGAGGAUCCUCAAGGGCGUCGCGUCCGGGCUGGUGUACCUGCACGAGGGGUGGGAGCAGGUGGUGGUGCACCGCGACGUCAAGGCCAGCAACGUGCUGCUGGGCGCGGACAUGAGCGCGCGGCUCGGCGACUUCGGCCUCGCGCGCCUCUACGAGCACGGCGCGGAACCCGCCACGACUCGCGUCGUCGGGACGUUGGGCUACAUGGCGCCGGAGCUCACCGUGACUGGCAAGGCCACCACGGCCAGCGAUGCGUUCGGUUUCGGCGGCCUGCUUCUCGAGGUGGCGAGCGGGCGCCGGCCCAUCGACCCCAUCACCGGCGUGAACCUGGUGCGCUAG